AUGCUAGAGCAACAUCACCGACCAAAUCAUAAGCACAUUGAGGAGGUCCGCAAAGCUCUGAACUCAUCGAACCGCAAGGACAGAAACCUCAUUAGAGGUAUCACAGAUCAAAAUGGGGUAUGGCAAGAAGAUGAUCAAGCCGUGGAAAGUAUUGUUCUGGACUAUUUCAACUCCAUUUUUCGUUCCAAUGACCCUACUGACACAGCACCCAUAACAGCAGCAGUACGUCCUGUGGUCACUAACCAAAUGAAUGAGUACCUUUGUCAGACUUUCCAAGCGGAUGAAGUUCACAAGGCAUUGAAGCAGAUGCACCCCAAAAAAUCUCCAGGUCCUGAUGGUAUGCCUCCACUUUUCUACCAACACUUCUGGUCUCUAACGGGUGAGUGUGUUACAAAAGCUGUCCUUGAUUUUUUAAAUUUGGGAGUCAUACCCCCUAAAUUUAAUGACACUCAUAUUAUUCUCAUCCCGAAGGUGAAAAAUCCUACAAAGAUAACACAAUACAGGCCCAUAAGCUUAAGCAAUGUCAUCUCUAGACUAGCCUCCAAAGUUAUUGCAAAUAGACUCAAACGCUUCCUACCGGAUAUCAUCAGUGAAAACCAAAGUGCUUUUAUGUCCACUCGCCUUAUUACUGAUAAUGUAUUGGUAGCUUUUGAAACUAUACACCAUCUAAAUCAAAAAAGAAGCGGACGGGUUGGGGAGAUGGCUUUAAAACUUGAUAUGAGUAAGGCAUUUGAUAGAGUGGAAUGGGGCUGCCUUCAUGAUAUAAUGUUGAAAAUGGGCUUUAGCACUAAAUGGGUGAACCUCAUAAUGCUUUGUGUUACCUCUGUUACUUAUUCCAUCAGGAUCAAUGGUAAGCCUCAUGGCCACAUUACCCCCACGAGAGGCUUGCGGCAAGGAGACCCUAUUUCCCCAUUCCUUUUCUUGUUUUGUGCAAAAGGAUUAUUAGCUCUCCUCACUCAAGCCACUAUGAAUGGAGCUAUCCAGGGUGUUGCUGCAUGCCCACGAGGCCCACGGAUCUCACACCUCUUUUUUGCAGAUGACAGCAUAAUAUUUUGCCGAGCCACUAGUGAUGAUUGUGCCCAUUUGGAACAAAUCUUGGAGACCUAUGAACAUGCAACGGGUCAACAACUCAAUCGUGAAAAGACUUCCUUAUUCUUCAGUCAGAACACACCUCUUGAGACUCAAGAGGACAUAAAAAACCGUUUUGGGGCUGAAAUUAUCAGGCAACAUGAAACUUACUUGGGAUUACCUUCCCUUGUAGGUCGUUCAAAGAGAAAUACCUUUAGGGCGCUAAAGGAAAGACUCGAUAAUAAGCUUUCGGGGUGGAAGGAAAAGCUGCUCUCACAAGCUGGGAAAGAAAUACUCAUUAAAGCCGUAGCACAAGCCAUCCCCACCUAUACAAUGAGUGUUUUUAAACUUCCGGACACCCUCUGUGAUGAGAUGACAAGUAUGGUCCGAAAUUUUUGGUGGGGUCAAAAGGAAGGUCGGAACAAAAUAGCUUGGUUGAGUUGGGAUAAAAUGUGCACGCCCAAAAAAGAUGGUGGCUGGGGGUUUCGCGAUCUCAAGGCUUUCAACAAGGCUCUCUUGGCAAAACAAGGCUGGCGCCUCCAAACCAAUACACAUUCCCUACUCCACCGUGUUUUCAAGGCACGUUAUUUCCCUAACCAUGAUUUCCUUCAUGCUAAACUUGGACAAAAACCCUCCUAUGCUUGGAGAAGUAUAAUGUCCACUCAGGAUGUCGUUAAAGCUGGACAUAGAUGGCGGGUGGGUGAUGGCACUUCGAUACAGAUUUGGAGGGAUAAAUGGCUCCCAAAACCUUCUACAUUCCAAGUUAUCUCUCCUCAAAACACUCUGCCUGCUACUGCAACUGUUUCGGAGCUUAUUGAUGAAGGCACAGGAGAAUGGAAGAUCGACCUGGUCAAAAGUGUCUUCCUCCCUGAUGAUGCUCAAGCCAUACUCGGCAUCCCACGGAGCAAUAGAUGCACAAAAGACUGCAUGAUAUGGGCUUACACACCUAAGGGUACUUUCACUGUCAAUAGUGCUUACAAAGUUGCCUUAUCUCUAACUCCAUUGAAGACGAUGGAGGGAGCCUCACACACCAAAAACCAGGCUGAAACUAGCGGACAUCUCUUUUGGGCAUGCACAUGUGCCCGAGAUGUGUGGGAUGCCACAGGUAUCUCCUUUGACAACAACGGUGUACACUACAGGGACUUCAUUGACUUACUAUGGUAUCUCAUUUUCAUGCAACACGUCAGCCAAGAUGUGCUUGAGCUUGUCGUCGCUAUUGCAUGGUGUAUGUGGUACAGUCGAAACAAAGCACGACAUGGUUCUCCAAGGCAGUCCCCUAAUGAAAUCUUACACAAAGCUCGCACCACUCUUGAAGACUUCCAGGCAGCCCACUUCAAGCGCCCUCAACUCACAAGCCCAUCAGAUGCUCGUUGGGUCCCACCCUCAUACCCAUGGUUCAAGAUUAACACUGAUGUAGCUCUCUUCAACGACCUCGGAACAGUGGGCAUCGGUGCUGUGAUCCGUGACCAUGAGGGAGCAGUCAUUGCCGCCCUGAGUCAACACAUGCACCUACCUUUGGGUCCCUUGGAGGCAGAAGCAAAAGCCUUGGACGUGGCUGUCUCGUUUGCAUGGGAUAUAGGCAUACGUGAGGGCUCCACCACACCACUUGCUGCAAUUGUUGACAUCAUGGAAAGCAUUCAACAAAAGUUGCUUAACUUUAGGCACUUUCAAGUUCAACACGUGCGAAGGCAGGGGAACAAACCGGCACAUGCUUUAGCACACCGUGCCAAGGGUAUUCAUGACUUUGGUGGGCUAGACCCACGUAUCAUGCAAUACAUAUAUGCAUCAAGUUUAAUCGAGCUAUUCAAGGUUCCUGAUAUAGAGGUCGACCAUGCCUUAAUCACAGCCUUGGUCGAGCGGUGGCGUUCGGAGACGCACACGUUCCACUUACCCCAUAGAGAAAUGGGUAUCACCUUGCAAGAUAUAGAGGUGAUGCUGGGGAUUCUGGUGGAUGUGUUGCCUGUCACUGGGAGGGCAGACCACCAAUGGAACGUGGUGUGCUGA